AUGUCACUCACAAACUCGAGCCCCGUCUCGUGUGCGCAAUCCGCCUCACUUGCCGCGCACACCCUCUCCAUCCUGCCGCUCGCAGCGCGUAACGCCGCACUGACAGCAAUUCAUGCAGCACUCGUGCAGCACAAGUCUGACAUCCUCGCGGCCAACGCGCUCGACAUGGCCCGCGCGCAGCAGGCCUCGUCACAGGGCGAGCUAAGCCAGUCGGUACUGAAGCGUCUCGACCUGGGCCGAAAGGGCAAGUACGAGGACAUGUUGAAGGGGAUCCUGGACGUGCGGGACUUGCACGACCCGAUCGGCAGGGUCGAUCUGCGCACGAGGUUAGAUCAGGGCCUGGAACUGGAGAGGGUGUCUUGUCCCAUCGGCGUCUUGCUUAUUAUCUUCGAGGCUCGCCCCGAGGUCAUCGCCAACAUCUCGGCCCUGGCCAUCAAGUCCGGCAACGCGGCCAUUUUGAAAGGCGGCAAGGAAAGUUCCGACAGCUUCGAGGCCAUCGCCAAGGUCAUCGGGGAGGCCCUGGCCAGCACCCAUGUUCCUGUCGGAGCCAUACAGUUGGUCAAGACGAGGGAUGUCAUUGAUGAACUACUAGACCUUGAUCGGUACAUUGACCUCGUGAUCCCGAGAGGCGGCAAUGAACUGGUGAGGUAUGUCAAGAGCCACACAAAGAUUCCGGUCUUGGGGCAUGCCGACGGCCUGUGCUCGGUAUAUUUGCACAAGGACGCGGAGAAAGACGUGGCGGUCAAGGUGGUUGUGGACUCCAAAUGCGAUUACCCUGCCGCGUGCAAUGCGGCAGAGACGCUUCUUGUGCACGAGGCCGUGCUGAAGACGGUGCUGCCGAGCGUGGUUGAAGAGCUGCAAAAGAAGGGCGUGAGUCUACGGUGCGACGAACCGAGCAAGAAGGCAUUGACGGCAGUGCUGAGUCCCGCGAACGCAGCCUUACUACAAGACGCGACUGAGGAGGACUUUUCAACCGAGUUCUUAGACCUGGUUAUGGCUGUUAAAACGAUCCCAGGAACACCACCACCCUCGAACGUCACCGGCACCAGCGGCACAUUACUACCAAACGGCCACUCUUCUGCCUCAACUGCCAGCGACGAAGAAGAACCGGACCAGCCUGCACUCCUACGCGCCAUCGCGCACAUCAACACUAAUUCGUCGCACCACACCGACGCCAUCGUCACGCGCUCCUCCGCCUCCGCCGAACAGUUCAUGUCCGCCGUUGACUCGGCCGGCGUGUAUUGGAACGCCUCCACCCGGUUCGCGGAUGGGAUGAGGUACGGCUUCGGCACCGAGGUCGGCAUCAGCACGAACAAGAUCCAUUCGAGGGGCCCUGUGGGAUUGGAAGGGUUGACCAUCUACAAGUACAAGAUCAGGGGACGCGGUCAGGGCGCCGGAGAGUACGGCGACGGGGAAGGGAAGAGGAGCUUUCUACAUGAGAAGAUGGAGAUAUAA